AUGAGCAAGGAAGUAGACGCAUGGGAGGACGAAUGGUCCAACGUCGCAGAUAAACAACCGACACCAACAUCUCCCCACGAGCCUGACGAGCCAAAGAAAGUCUCGUCGAAAGUGAGCAAAGCGCAACGAAGAGCGCAACAAGCCGAAUUCAAUAGACAACUCUGGGCCGAAGCUGAAGGUCCUCAAGAGACAAACUUCUUCCUUGAAUCGCGCAAUGUCGUGCCUCUCCGUUCCGAAUUCAAACCUCCACCCAUCCUACUGUCGAGAAAAGGUCCUAUCAUCCAAUCCUCCCGACCGCUCACGAGCGGCAUGCAAGCCCUGAGCCUCAAUAAAGACGCAAAUGCCGAAUCAUCGGACGACGAAGACGAGUCCAAAGCCAGAGAAUUGACUCUCGCGGAACGGCAGGCCCGCGCUGCGAAAGAGCGGGAAGAAAAACAGCGUCGAUAUGAAGAGCGGAGGCUAGAGCUUUUCGGUCCUACGGAUAACGGCAACAAUAGUCACAGUAAUACACCCCAUCACCAUCAUCAUAACAACCACCACCAUCACACACAACAACAACAGCAAAAUGCGUCAGGGACCUCGACACCCUCAACUCUGACGCCGCCGGGGUCGAGGUCUGCGACGCCCAAUCGGGGAAGAGGAAGGGGAGGAGGUCGACGUGGCGGAGGAAACGCCGGAAUCGCCAAUAUGAAUAUGAACACGAACAUGAACAUGAAUUCAAGAACACACUCGAGAGGAGGCUCCCAACAGCGUGAGCGUGAGCGUGACCUCUAUGACCCUUUGUACCUGGCCAGACCGGAUUCAAGCUCAGGCCACAACCCAAGCUACAUGCAGCGGCGCGCCGAGAAUGGAAUUGGCACGUCCAGUCCAGGCCUGCGUCCUAAUGAUAUCCAACAACCUAUUCGAGCGCCGAAAGGCCCUGAUGGGUCUGGAAGGGGCGGGUUCGGAUUCGCGAAUCAUCGAAUAGGCCAGGUCGGUGGCGACGGGUCAUGA